CUCCCAUCCUCAGCUGACAGCGCGCGCAUGGUUCUGAUGUCGCUGUCUUUCUGUGGGGGUUCAGUCUAGAGUUCCCAAGACCCGAAACGACUCUGGGAUCUGAAAUGGGCUCCAGGUUGAUGUGGACUUUGCUGGUCCUGUCAGCAGUGGUUUUUGCUGCGGGGGAAGAGGACAGGUCAGGGACCCGGGGUCCAGAUGAGGACAUCCCGGAGGGCGCGUCCACCCUGGCUUUCGUCUUUGACGUGACCGGCUCCAUGUACGACGACCUGGUCCAGGUCAUCGAGGGAGCGUCCAAGAUCUUAGAGACCUCCCUGAGCAGRCCGAAGAGACCUCUGUUUAACUUUGCUCUGGUACCCUUCCAUGACCCGGAGAUUGGACCUGUAACAAUCACAACAGACCCAAAGAAGUUCCAGCAGGAGUUGCGAGAGCUGUACGUUCAGGGCGGUGGUGACUGUCCAGAAAUGAGCAUUGGUGCCAUUAAAAUCGCUUUGGAGAUCUCCCUGCCAGGAUCCUUUAUAUACGUCUUCACGGAUGCCCGAUCUAAAGACUACAAGCUGACCCAUGAAGUCCUGCAGCUCAUUCAGCAGAAACAGUCACAGGUGGUGUUUGUGUUGACGGGCGACUGCGACGACAGGAAUCACAUCGGUUACAAGGUUUAUGAGGAGAUCGCCUCUACGAGCUCUGGACAAGUCUUCCACCUUGACAAGAAGCAGGUCAAUGAGGUUCUUAAAUGGGUAGAAGAGGCGGUGCAGUCCUCGAAGGUCAACCUGCUCUCCACAGAUCAUUUCAGUCAAAUCAGCAACACAUGGCAGAUGCCCUUUGACCCCAGCAUUAAGGAAGUUACCGUGGCUCUCAGUGGCCCAGCGCCUAACAUUGAGAUAAAAAAUCCCCAGGGAAGGUUGGUGGGGGAAAACGAGGGCCUGACUGAGCUCUUGCACAUUCCCAACUCUGCCAAAGUUGUCAGCAUCAAGGACCCACAGCCAGGAUUGUGGUCUAUCACGACUUCUAGCGAAGGAAGACACUCCAUUCGAAUUUCUGGCCUUAGCACCAUUGACUUCAGAGCUGGGUUUUCUAGAGUACCGACCAUGGAUUUUAAAACAACAUCUAGCAGACCAGUUCAAGGUGUUCCCACUCACAUCCUUCUGAACACCACUGGACUUUUGUCGCCUGCUCGACCUGACCGGCUAGAGCUCCUCGCGAUCACAGGGGAGGUCAUCAAAACGUUGCCGAUCCGGUACUAUCCUGAGCGUCAGCCUUACAACCUCUGGAACAUCACAGAGUUCAUCCCGCCCAACGAGGCCUUCUUUCUGCGGGUUACAGGAUAUGAUCAGGAUGGUUAUGUAUUCCAGAGAGUCUCCAGUGUUUCUUUCUCCAGUAUUAUACCAACUGCCCCUAUAGUAACGAUGCCAGGAACUACUAAUGGUUACUACCUUCAGAGAGGAACCGUCAGAUGUCACGUAGAAAGUUUGAUACCCUUUACUYUGCGKUUCAGCAGRGAUGGAAAGCGGCUUGGGGUGGACCAACUCUUCAGAGAGUCUGACAGUGCAUCAUGGGAAAUCAACCAGGUGACUUUAAAGGAUGAGGGCUACUACGAAUGCAUCGCCAUCAGCAGCGCUGGGACAGGACGAGCUCGCACAUUCCUGGAUGUAUCAGAGCCUCCUCCAGCGAUCACACCUGCAGGGAACGUCACCGUCUCCCCUGGCUCCCAYGCUGUCCUCACCUGCCACGUCGUCAGCACCGUCACCUUCAACCUCACCUGGCUGAGAGGGGGCCUCGAUGCCCGCCUGGACCCCCGRGUGCACGUCCUGGCCAACCUUUCCCUGCAGGUGUCGGGUGCAACCCCGGAUCAUGCCGGCUGGUACGAGUGCGUUGCUGCAAACGAAGGAGGCGUGAUUCCAGAGCGUCUCUAUCUCACAGUGCAAGAGGCUCCCAGGGUGUCAGUGGAGCCGCAGAAUCAGAGCUUCAUGACAGGAGAUGACGUGAGGAUCAAGUGUUCAGCUGCAGGCUAUCCUCCACCUCUUCUGGUUUGGACCCACAAUGACAUGUUCAUCACAGCCUCCAACAGACACAGAAUGGCUCCUGAUGGCACCCUGUUAAUAAGAAACACAAAGAAGAAAGAUAAAGGAGUGUACGGCUGCCUGGCCAGCAACCAGGCCGGUACCGACUCAAUGAGCUCCAUCCUAACCUUUCUCGAAUCCCCUGUGGUGAAAGUAGCAUCARGUGAGAUUCUCACAAACAUCGGAGAGUCCACUGUGAUGUCCUGCUCAGCAUCUGGGAUCCCUCAGCCUGAAAUCAGGUGGUACAAAGGYAACACACAGCUCCAUUCCUCGUCCCUCCUGGAGGUGGACACGUUGGAAGGAUCUCUUACCAUAAAGCAGACCCAGCUUGGCGACGCAGGGGAUUACACCUGUGUGGCUGUUAAUGCCGCCGGCACCUCAUCAGGGAAGAUCUCCCUUGAUGUUGGAGCUGCGCCCAAGUUCACCCAAGAGCCAUCGGACGUGGCGGUGGAAAUCGGCUCCGACAUGACCCUGCCGUGUCACGCUAGCGGAUACCCUGAACCUCRGGUCACCUGGAGGCGAGAGGACGGUUCAACUCUUCUCAACAGGCCACGYUUACAUGGCAGCAUAUCACAGAGGAAGGGAGAUCUACAUUUUAUUAACGUUUGGGUAGAGGAUGAGGCAGUGUAUGUCUGUGAGGCACAAAACCCUUUUGGUAGGAUCCAAACACAGGCCAGCAUCACUGUAACUGGACUUGUUAAACCCCUGAUUGCGAUGAGUCCAGCUGUGCUCAGUGUCGUUGAGGAUCAGCAGCUCACUCUUCCCUGUGUGCUGCUGGCUGGGAACCCUCUUCCCGAGAGACAGUGGCUGCACAACUACGGCUUGGUGACUCCAGAUCAGUAUGUAACAGUGAGGAGGGACGGCAGUCUGCAUAUCGAGAGAGUUCGGCUGGAUAAUGAGGGCGAUUACACCUGCUUGGCUGAGAAUGUUAUUGGGGCCACAAACCAUACAACCACCAUCAACGUUUAUGUUCUUCCAACAAUUCAACAUGGCCCACAGGUAUUUAGCACGACCGAAGGAACAGCGAUAAGUCUGCCUUGCCGUGCCAGAGGAAUACCGGGCCCAGACAUUACUUGGACUAAGGGUGGGGAACUCCUGAACCUGGGUGGUCCAGCUUUCUCCUUGGAUUCUGACGGCAGUCUUGUCAUCGCGUCUCCCUCUGGAAAUGAGACCGGCGAGUUUGUCUGCAUAGCGACCAAUGCAGCUGGCUAYGCAGUUAGGAAGGUUCAGCUCACAGUCUAUGUUCGACCCAGAUCCAGUGUUGGUGGUUCUGGAGGCUCAUCAGAGCCUGUAAGGAUGUCAGUGAUAGAGAAGAGGGACAUCAUUUUACCAUGUGAGGUCCAAAGUGUCCCACCUCCCACCAUCAGCUGGUCAAAAGAGAAGCAGCUUAUCUCUCCAUUUUCUCCCAGGCAUGUUCAGCUUCCCUCCGGAUCCAUGAAGAUCAUGGCAACCAGAGUCUCUGACAGUGGACUUUAUGUUUGUGUUGCCUCCAAUAUUGCUGGAAACCUGACACAAUCCAUUGAGCUGGUUGUUUUAGUGCCCCCAAGAAUCCUCCCCGGCCCCAGAGUGAUGAAGGUACAGGUGGGUCACCAGGCGGAACUAGCCUGUGUGGUGACAGGAUCUCCAGAACCGACUCUGACGUGGACUAAAGAUGGUACAAGGUACCCUGCAUCACCUGGAGGCAGCCUGAACCUGAGGAACGUUGGACUGGACGAUGAAGGAACCUUCACCUGCACAGCCAYCAACGCUGCAGGCAGAGACGAGGCCCGAGUUAGGGUCCUGGUGCAAGUACCUCCUGUUGUUGAAGUCCUGGAGCCCCCCUUCAACAGCCCCCUGCAGGAAAGAGUUGCAAACCAGCGWAUUGCCUUCCCCUGCCCGGCUAAAGGUCUACCUAAGCCAGUGAUUCGUUGGUUGCGAAAUGGUGAAGAGCUGACAGGUAACGAGCCCGGUGUGUCCAUCCUGGAGGAUGGUACGCUGCUGAUCCUUGCCUCAGUCUCACCUCUGGAUGAUGGCGAGUACGUCUGUAUGGCUGCGAACGAUGCUGGAUCCACUGAGAGGAAGUACCAGCUCAAAGUCAACGUACCCCCAGAUUUUCAUGACAGCGACACACUUGGUAACCUGUCAGUGGUCCUGAGUCAGCCUAUCAGCUUGCUGUGUGACGUCACAGGAAGUCCAACCCCUGUCAUCACCUGGUAUAAAGAUGGGAGUACUGUUGUUUCCAGUAACAACGUCCAAAUUCUGGAUCUGGGAAAAACCCUGAAAUUACUGAAGGCUGAAAGAUCAGAUGCAGGCAGCUACAGCUGUAAAGCCAUCAACAUCGCAGGCAGCACUGAGAAAAACUUUGUUUUACACGUACUCGUCCCUCCAACGUUUAUAGGAUCUGCCUUUCCUCAGGAUGUUUCAGCCAUUCUCAAACAAGGGGUCACGCUUGAUUGCAAAGUGGAGGGGUCUCCUUUUCCCACAAUCCAAUGGUACAAAGACAGAAAGCCAGUAUUUCUCGCUGACCCUAAUCUGGAGGUCACCAACAGGGGUCAGGUUUUGAGGAUAAAAAGUGCACGUCUUGGAGAUCAGGCUCAGUAUCAGUGYGGCGUCACUAACGCAGCUGGAAAACAGUCCAAAGAUUUCAACCUCAGUGUCUACGUUCCCCCGUCUAUCAUUGGAGGCAACUUCACCACAGAGGUGACUGCUCUGCUGGACACGAUGGUAAAACUGGAGUGUGAAACUCGUGGAGUACCACUCCCCACCAUCACAUGGUACCGAAAGGGAGAGGCCAUCUUUUCCAGCCGACGAGCUCAGUAUGUAGAACGAGGUCGUUACCUGAAGAUCCCUCAGGCUCAGGUGUCUGACGCCGGUCAGUACACCUGCAACGUGACCAGUGUGGCAGGAAGCGCUGAGAGGAGCUACGAGCUGGACGUCUACGUACCUCCUACGAUUGCAGGAGGGGACGAURGGCCCACUGAGAAGAAAGUGGUCCUCACCAAACAUCUGAUCCUGGAGUGUGAGGCAGCAGGGCAUCCUCCACCUUCCCUUACCUGGCUGAAAGAUGGAGUCCCUGUGCGUGAUGGAGACAGCAUUCGUGCACUGGAGCAGGGGAGAAAAAUAGAAAUCCUCUCGGCUGCCGUCUCAGACUCAGGACGCUACACCUGCGUGGCUACGAGCAUYGCAGGAGAGAAGGAGGUCACAUAUAAUGUCAGAGUUUUAGUUCCUCCUUCCAUUGAAGGAUCUGAGGAGGUGACGCUCAGCACAGUUACAGUCAACAGCCCGUUGGAGCUYGAGUGUCACGCUACAGGAACACCUACGCCUGUCAUCACCUGGUACAAGGAUGGGAAACCAGUCAGGCAGGGGGAAGGGUUGCGKGUCGCAGCGAGCGGGAGACGGCUGGUCGUUUCCCGCGCUCAGGUCUCGGACACGGCUCGUUUUCAGUGUGUGGCCACUAAUGAGGCAGGAGASCACGAGAAGAACUUCAGUGUUAUAGUGCAAGUUCCUCCAACCAUCCGAGGGGCCGGACCUCCCGAGCGUUCAGUGGUUCUUCAGAAGACCAUCAGUUUGGAGUGUGUCUCCAGUGGCAUCCCUCCUCCCAGCAUUACCUGGAUUAAAGAUGGYCGACCUGUGGACACAACAAAAGAGCACCUCAAGCUGCACUCAGCAGGAASGACACUUAAGAUCACAGAAGCAAGACUGGAGGAUUCUGGGAAAUACACCUGCCUGGCCACAAAUGCWGCCGGUGAAGCUAAACAGCACAUCCGACUGAGUGUUCAUGAGCCUCCAAGCAUCUCCUCCUCUGGAGACAUCAUCAACCGAACCAUCCUGUCUGGUUUUUCCACUGAGCUGGAGUGCACGGCCACAGGAAGACCUUUACCUGCCGUCACGUGGUUCAAAGAUGGCCGCCCUCUGGCCGGAGCAGCCAGCUGGUCAAUGCUGAAGCGGGGCCARGUGCUGGAGAUUGAACAGGCUCAGCUGUCUGAUGCUGGAAUGUACAGAUGUGUGGCCGUCAACCUGGCUGGAGUUGCAGAGAUACUGUACAGCCUGCAAGUAUUUGUACCUCCGGUUAUUUCCAGCCGAGGCGGUACGGUCACAGUCGUGGUGAACGAGGCCACUGAGCUGGAGUGUGAGGCCUCCGGGGUUCCUCUGCCCAGUCUGACGUGGUUAAAAGAUGGCAGCCCUGUGGCAAGCGUUUCACAUGGCAUACAGGUGUUAUCUGGUGGCAGAAUCUUGUCUCUGAGCAGCGCCCAGGUCAGUGACACCGGCAGAUACACCUGUGUGGCAGUYAAUGCUGGAGGAGAACAGCACAAAGAAUACGAUCUGAAAGUUUAUGUGCCUCCAAACAUCAAGGGUGAAGAAGUGAAUGCUACUGCGACGCUUGGUCUUCCAGUGGAGCUGCACUGCCAGAGCGACGCAGUCCCUCCACCUGCCCUGUCCUGGCGCAAAGAUGGUCGUCCUCUCUUUAGGAAACCUGGUCUGACCAUCUCUGCAGAUGGUAGUUUACUCAAGGUUGACAGUGUUCAGGUGCAGGACUCAGGAAGGUAUACUUGUGAAGCCACCAAUGUCGCAGGAAAAACAGAGAAGAACUUUAACCUCAUUGUUUGGGUUCCUCCCAGUAUCCGUGGCUCGGAGGAGGUUUCUCCUCUGACAGUGAUUGAAGGAAGUCUCAUCACUCUUAUAUGCGAGUCCAGCGGUAUUCCACCUCCUAACCUUACAUGGCUGAAGGACGGUUAUGACCUGAAGUCAGACCAGAGGCUCAGGGUUUUGUCAGGAGGCCGUCAGCUGCAGAUUUCCAACGCAGAGAGAACAGAUACUGGCUCCUACACCUGCACAGCCUCCAGUGAAAGUGGCACCACCUCCAAGGAAUACAGCCUGCAGGUUUACGUUCGCCCUUCUAUAAGACAAGACAAACAUGACGUCGGUGACGUUACAGUGACUAAAGGAGGCGAUGUGACCUUACACUGCACUGCAGACGGCGUACCUCGACCUGCGAUCACAUGGCUGAAGGAUGGACGGCCCAUCACAGGCCAGCACGGAGCAAAGGUCCUCAAUGAGGGAAGUUUGUUGCAGAUUAAAGAUGCUAAAUUAUCAGACACGGGGCGUUACACCUGCUUUGCUGUUAACGUGGCCGGACAGUCUGAGAGCAAACACGACAUCAGUGUGCAUGUCCCACCCACGAUAACCGGUCAGGUGCAGUUCCCAGAAAAUGUAAGUGUUGUGGUGAAGAACCCAGUUGCUCUGAACUGCGAGGCUUCUGGUAUUCCUCUUCCUGCCAUCUCCUGGCUGAAGGACGGUCAGCCAGUUAAAACAACGAGCUCACUUCGCAUCCUCUCAGGAGGCCGAAGUCUCCGCCUUCUGCAUGCAGCAGUGGAGGAUGCUGGAAGGUACACAUGUAUUGUCUCUAACAGUGCUGGAGAAGAGAGGAAAAAUUUUGACCUUGAUAUUCUAGUUCCACCAAAGAUUGUGGAGGAGGGAACAGUGGUGGACACUAAAGUAAAGGAGAAGCACAACAUCACUCUCACCUGUGAGGCUUCAGGGAACCCAGUCCCAAAGAUUCAAUGGCUGAAGGAUGGACAGCUGCUGGUGUCUGACAGGAACCACCAGAUUGUGUCUUACGGUCGUUUUCUCCAAAUCUUUGAGGCCCAAGUUUCAGACACCGGGAGGUACAGCUGCAUGGCCUCUAACAGUGCAGGAGACCGCAGCAGGCAUUUCAACCUCAAUGUUCUGGUUUCUCCCACCAUCGCUGGGUCAGGCCCUGAUCUUUCUGCAGAGGAGGUUACAGUAACCCUGAGCAGCCCCACCUCUCUGGUGUGCGAAGUCCAGUCCUACCCACCUGCCCUGAUCACCUGGCUCAAAGACGGCACUCCGUUUGAAUCCACUCGCAGUGUCCGAGUCCUUCCAGGUGGGCGGACACUGCAGAUUAUCAAUGCUAAGAAGGAGGAUGCAGGGAGGUACACGUGUGUGGCUACUAAUGAGGCCGGAGAGAUGCUGAAGCACUAUGAGGUUAAAGUUCAUGUUCCUCCACAGAUCAAUAAGAACGAUAUCCCUGGAGAGGGACUGGCCCCUAAAGAGGUGAAGAUCAAGAUUAACAGCACACUCACCCUGGAGUGUGUGGCUCAGGCCUUCCCUCCUCCUGCACUGCAGUGGUAUAAAGACGGGCAGAUCCUGAGGGGGGAUGACCACGUGUCCAUUACAGCCAAUGGUCGCAUUGUUCAGAUCAAGCACGCUCAAGUGUCGGACACCGGCCGCUACACCUGUGUCGCCACUAAUGUAGCUGGAGAGGACGAGAAGGACUUUGAUGUAAAUAUACAAGUUCCACCAAAUUUCAACAGACCCGAUGGAGUUGGUGAUGCGUCAGUCUCAGGCUUUGGUGGAGACGCUCGGGAUGUAAUUCUGAACAAUCCCAUUUCUCUGUACUGUGAGACAAACGCUGUGCCCCCUCCCACUCUGACCUGGUACAAAGACGGACAGCUGCUCACCUCGAACAACAAAGUUUUAAUCCUUCCAGGUGGGCGAGUGCUGCAGAUUUCCAGGGCGCAGCUUGAAGACUCUGGCAGGUACACUUGUGUGGCCAUCAAUGAGGCAGGGGAAGACUCCAUCUUCUAUGAUGUCAGAGUGCUGAUUCCUCCGAGCAUACGGGGAACAGGCAGUGAUGUGCCUGAUGAAGUCACCGUCCUGGUCAACAAAACUACCCAGCUGGACUGCUACGUGGACGGAAGCCCCGCCCCUAAAAUCACCUGGUUUAAAGAUGGACAGCUGAUCAACUCUCAUGGUCCACAUAAAAUAUUGCUCAAUGGACGAGCGUUUCAGGUGGUGACGGCUCAGGUCUCUGAAACAGGACGCUACGUAUGUGUGGCUAAAAAUGUUGCUGGAAGUGCGGAAAAACAUUUUAAUCUUAAUGUUCAUGUACCCCCGGCCAUUGUUGGUGUGAGUCCUGAAAAUGUGACCGUGGUGGUGAACAACUUUGUGUCUCUCUCAUGUGAAGCCACUGGUUUCCCUCCUCCCACAUUGAGCUGGCUGACCGUCAGGGGCCCCAUCCAAGAUAAAACUAAUGCUCUUAUUGUGCCAGGAGGGCGCACUUUACAGAUUCUUAAAGCAAAAGUAUCUGACGGGGGGAAGUACAGCUGUGUGGCCAUCAAUGCAGCAGGAGAAGCCCAUAAACACAUUUAUCUUACUGUGUUUGUUCCUCCAAGAAUUCGAGGCAAUAGCAGGGACUCUGCCACGGAGGUGAAUGUGCUUGUUGGUAAAUCGGUAACUUUGGAGUGUGAAUCCAACGCGGUCCCUCCUCCUGUCAUCACCUGGUACAAGAACGGCAGAACAGUGACAGAAUCUGCAAACCUGCGCGUUCAGGCAGAGGGGCAAAUCCUUGAGAUUAAACACUCAGAGGUAUCUGAUACAGGACAAUAUGUUUGCAUGGCAUCAAAUGUUGCUGGACAAGUGAACAAGAACUUCCACUUGAACAUCCAUGUUCCUCCCAGUAUUGAUGGCCCAGCAGAGGAGAGUGUUGUGGAAACCAUCAGCAACCCAAUUACUCUCUCGUGCGAUGCUACUGGAAUCCCUCCUCCCAACCUCAUUUGGCUGAAAAAUGGACACCCCAUUGAGAACUCAGAGUCUUUGGAGAUGCACAUCUUCUCAGGAGGAACCAAACUACAGUUUGCGCUGCUGCAGCUUUCUGAUAGUGGAACAUACACAUGUGUGGCAUCGAACCGGGAGGGAGAAGCACACAAGAGCUACCACCUCACUAUACAAGUCCCACCAAGUAUCUCUGGAUCAGACAUGCCCACUGAGAUGGGGGUUCUUGCUAACAAAAGCAGCCAAAUGGUCUGUCGAGCUCAGGGAAGCCCAACUCCAACCAUCCAGUGGUUAAAAGAUGGAGAAGCCAUCAACAGUGCAGGAUUGAAAGGGCUCAGUGUCAGUCCAAAUGGUGACACACUCACUGUGACCCAGGCUGGUCCUGCCCAUAGUGGGAAGUACACUUGUGUGGUCACCAAUGCAGCUGGAGAGGAGGACCGAAUAUUUAAUUUGAAUGUGUAUGUCCCCCCACUCAUACUUGGCAACAAUGGGGCUUUUGAGGAGUUGACUGCAGUUCUGGACAGCUCUGUCAGUAUAGAGUGUGCUGCUACAGGAUCUCCUCUGCCGCAGCUGAACUGGCUGAGAAAUGGCCUUCCUUUGCCAGUCUCCUCCAACGUACGACUUCUCUCAGCAGGACAGGUGCUCCGGAUUACACGGAUCCAGGUGUCUGAUAGUGGAAGCUACACAUGUGUUGCAUCAAACAGGGCAGGAGUGGACAACAGACAUUAUAAUCUACAGGUGCAUGUUCCUCCUAGUCUGGAUGGAGCAGAAUCCACAGAAGAAGUAACUGUAGUCAAAGGACAUUUGGUCUUGUUGCGGUGUAUUGCUGAUGGGACCCCAACCCCCACCAUCUCCUGGCUCACAGAUGGAGUGACUUUAGCCACUGACCACCACAUCAAUCUCCUCAACAUGAACACCACCUUACAGUUCAGCUCAGCCCAGGUUAACAACACGGGACGGUACACCUGUAUGGCUUACAAUGACGCUGGUCAAGCCAGUCGUCAUUUUAAUCUGAAGGUCCUGGACCCUCCACGCAUCAAGAGCUCUGGUUUACCAGAAGAAGUAUUUGUGGUGGUUAAUAACGUCCUGGAGCUUCAGUGUGAAGCUACAGGUAUCCCGACGCCCACUCUGACGUGGCUGAAGGACGGACGCCCGCUCCAAGAGACGAGUGAGCUGCGCCUCCUCCGGGGAGGAGAGGUGCUCCGUGUGGCCUCAACCCAGCUGGAGAACACAGGCAGGUACAGCUGCAUAGCCAACAGCCCAGCAGGAGACGAUGACAAGGAUUUCUUGGUUCGGGUGCACAUUCCCCCCAACAUUGUUGGAGAAAACACACCUCAGGAUGUUUCAGUCCUGCAGAACAGGCAGGUCACUCUGGAGUGUAAAUCUGAUGCUGUUCCGCCUCCAACUCUGACGUGGCUCAAAGAUGGCAAAUUACUGCAGACGACUGGCCGUGUGCGUAUCAUGUCUGAAGGUCGCUACUUACAGAUCAACAUGGCAGUUCUCUCUGACAGAGCUCAGUACACCUGUGUGGCGAGCAACAUCGCUGGCAAGACUACACGACAGUUUAACCUGACUGUUAAUGUGCUUCCAGUUAUCAAGGACAACUCCCAGACUGUGUCAGUCCAUAUUAACAAGCCAGCAGUUCUUGAAUGCGUCGUUAGCGGAGUGCCACCACCACGCAUCACCUGGAGGAAAAAUGGAGCAGUAUUGGCUGAAAACAACCCCAGGUACAGAUUUACAGAAGACGGGUCUUUGCACAUCCACUCAGCUCAGGUGACCGACACUGGACGCUACCUGUGUAUGGCAACAAAUCGUGCYGGUACUCAACGCAAAAAAGUGGAUCUGCAAGUAUAUGUCCCACCUUCARUCUCUGACAGUCGUACCAACGUGACGGCUGUUGUCAACGUGCAGACCACGUUACCUUGUGAGGCCACCGGCAUUCCCAAACCCACUGUCAGCUGGCAGAAAAAUGGUCGAUCCAUCAGUACUGACCAGAAUCAGAAUAUGUACAGGUUGCUCUCAUCAGGCUCCUUGGUGGUUAUAGCUCCUACAGUGGAGGACACGGCAGAGUACAAAUGUGUGGUCUCYAAUGAGGCAGGGAACGACUCCAGAUCCAUCUAUUUUACCGUCAUCGUUCCUCCUUCUAUAGCAGAUGAAGCCACAGAGAUAGCCGUAACCAGACUGUCCCCGGUGGUCAUUGCUUGUUCUGCAACCGGUGUCCCAGAACCCACAAUCCACUGGAGCAAAGAUGGCCUCAAGCUCCCCAGUGAGGGACAGGGGUUCACUAUUCUGCCAGCAGGUCAAAUAGAAAUCCCUUCCUCGGAGCUGAGUCAUGCUGGACGCUACUCAUGUACAGCGAAAAAUAUUGCAGGCUCCGCCCAUCGCCGUGUGCAGCUUACAGUGCAAGAUCCACCUGUGAUUCAACCCCAUCCAUCCACUCUGGAUGUGAUCUUCAACAGCCCCGUCACUCUGCCCUGCAACGCCACAGGACUACCCAGGCCCACCAUUACCUGGCAGAAGGAGGGCAUCAACAUACCCACCACAGGUGGAAGUUUUACUAUUCUUCCUAAUGGAAGUCUGCGAAUCUCCAAGGCGUCGUUAUCAGACUCCGGCAUGUACAUUUGUGUGGCUCAAAACUCUGCCGGCACUGCACUGGGCAAAACUAAACUCAGAGUGCAAGUGCCUCCAGUGAUCCGUUCAGAGACUCAGGACUAUGUGGCGCCAGUUGACUCCUCUGUGACGCUUCAGUGCCACGCUGAGGGCUCCCCUCCCCCGUCCAUCACRUGGCACAAAGACGCACAGCUGCUGAGUGACUCUGUACGUCAGCGAGUUCUCAGCUCAGGAUCCCUGCAGAUCGCCUUCCUUCAGCACAGCGAUGCUGGACGAUACACGUGCACUGCAGCCAACGCAGCAGGCGCCGUCAGCUUAAACGUGGGCCUCACUGUGCAGAUUCCUCCCUCUAUACGUGGUGGAAAUCAGGAGGUUGUGGUUGUGGAAAACAGUCAUACCCAGCUGAUGUGUGUGGCAGAGGGCAUCCCUCAACCYAAACUGUCCUGGGAAAAAAAUGGAAAUCUUCUCAGUGAAAACAUGGGGGAGUACACGAUUCUCCCGUCCGGGGAGCUGAUCAUCGACAGUGCUCAGCCUGAUGAUGCGGGCGGUUACACCUGUGUGGCGACUAACUCCGUGGGACAGGACAGCAGGACGGUGAUGCUGUUGAUUCACACCAGCCCCAUCUUCACUGAGCUGCUUGAGGAUGUCGCCCUCAACAAGGGAGAGCGGCUGAUGCUGGCUUGUAGUGUCAGUGGCAUCCCACUACCCAGAAUUACAUGGACCUUCAACAACAAAAACAUCCCAGUUCACUAUGAUCAUAUGAGCGGUCGCAGUGAGCUUGUGAUCGAGAGAGUGACCAAAGAUGAUUCUGGAACCUACACCUGUGUGGCAGAAAACAGUGUGGGAACCAUUAAAUCUCUGGGUUUCGUCUACGUUAAAGAGCCUCCUAUCAUUGACGGGGACUUUCACGCCAACCGAGUUGAACCUCUGGGUGGUAAUGCCAUACUGAACUGUGAGGUACGAGGAGACCCGCUGCCAACCAUCCAGUGGAGUAAAAAUGGGAUAAACAUCCAGAUCAGCAACCGAAUCCAUCAACUUGACAACGGUUCUCUGGCCAUCUAUGGCACAGCGGUGCACCCACUAUAAUUGUGGAGCCGGUCGCAACUGUGGUGGAUGCUGGCACAACUGUUGUACUAAAUUGUCAGGCGGAGGGUGAGCCCRCGCCCAUGAUAGAGUGGUCUCGCCAAGGACGCCCCCUACUGGUCACCGGUCGCUUCUCCACCUUGUCCAACAGUUCCCUCAGGAUCAUCAGUGCCCAGAAGGAGGACACAGAUGAAUAUGAAUGUGUGGCCAGAAACUUGCUUGGAUCGAUGCUGAUCAGGGUCACUGUCACUGUGCAAGUUCAUGGAGGAUACUCAGAGUGGGCAGAGUGGGGCCUCUGCAGUGUAUCAUGUGGUGUUGGYAUCCAAAAAAGGCUGAGGCAAUGUAACAAUCCUUUACCCGCCAAUGGGGGCCGUCAUUGCGCAGGAUUUGACACAGAAACACRUAUUUGUCAGGGAAAACCAUGUCCAGUGGAUGGCAACUGGUCAGAGUGGUCUCCCUGGGAGGAGUGUUCACAAACUUGUGGCCAGGGAAACAGAACCAGGGUCCGCACCUGCAGUGACCCGCCAGCUCGACAUGGAGGCAGGUCAUGUGAGGGAAAGGCAGUGGAGGUCAUCAUGUGCAGUGUCAGGCCUUGUCCGGUUGCAGGUAACUGGGGGUCCUGGCUACCAUGGAGUCCUUGCAGCGAGACCUGUGGUAAAGGCAUACAGUCCAGGAUCCGACUGUGCAACCACCCCMCUCCAGCUUUUGAUGGGCUGCAGUGUGAGGGAACAGACACGCAGACACAAGUGUGCAAGGAGAGACUUUGUCCAGUGGAUGGAAAGUGGUCAUCGUGGAUAAGCUGGGGUGCCUGCAGUGUUUCCUGUGGGGGUGGGACCAGACAGAGGACACGCCUUUGUGCUAGCCCUGCCCCUCAGCAUGGUGGMAGAAAAUGCGAGGGGAACGAUGUACAUACUGAUUUCUGUAACAGUGACCCGUGUCCCAUCAGUGGUAACUGGGGUCCAUGGAGCAGCUGGGGCAGCUGUAGCAAAACAUGUAACGGAGGUCAGACGAGGCGCUACAGGACCUGCGACAACCCCAGACCAGCUCAUGGUGGGAGAUCUUGUGCCGGUACCGAUGCUCAGAUUCAGAGAUGCAGCACUGCUGACUGCCCCGUUGAUGGGAACUGGGGCUUAUGGCAGCCAUGGGGAGACUGUUCCUCUUCCUGCGGAGGUGGAGAGAAAACCCGUGCUCGRCUUUGUAACAGUCCAUCUCCUAGUGGUGGUGGCCGACCUUGUCCGGGAGACUCCACUCAGCUGUCCAGGUGUAACAUUCAGGCCUGUCCAGGUGGGCCACAUAGGGCUCGAGGAAGCAUUAUAGGGAACAUCAACGAUAUUGAGUUUGGCAUUGCCCUCCUUAAUGCUACCAUCACUGACGGCCCGUCUGGCAGCAGGUUCAUAAAAGCCACUAUUUCAAAUGUACCAAGAACAUUAGGUCCUGCAAUGAGGAAACUCAUCUCCAUCCUGAACCCCAUCUAUUGGACCACUGCACAGGAAGUAGGAGAUGCUGUCAAUGGUUACACCCUAACAGGAGGUCUCUUUAGACGAGAGACCCAAGUGGAGUUUGCUACAGGUGAAAUCCUGAGGAUUACCCACAUUGUAAGGGGCCUGGACUCUGAUGGAGUGCUGCUACUGGACAUUGUGGUAAACGGUCACAUCCUCCAGCUGCCUUCACAUGCUGACAUCAACAUAAAGGACUACACUGAGGAUUACAUCCAGACUGGACCGGGCCAGCUGUACGCUCUGUCCACUCGUAUGUUCACCAUUGACAAGGAGAGUGUGCCCUACUCCUGGAACCAUACCAUAAGUUACGAUCGGACAAAAGGAAAGAUGCCUUAUCUGGUAGAAACGCUCCAUGCUACAGCCAUCAGUGCUCUCUAUCGCCCUCUGGAGGAAGUGCUGGAGUACAGCAUUCAAGCUAAGAUCACUAAAGGGGAUCGCAGUAACCAGUGUCCUCAUGGUUUCACUUUAGUGUCUGCUGGGCCUUACUGUGCAGAUGAGAACGAAUGUGAGGUCAGGAAUCCCUGUUCUCACAUUUGCCACAACGCCAUGGGCACCUACUAUUGCUCCUGUCCGCGGGGACUCACUAUCUCAGCUGACGGCAGAACCUGCCAGGACAUUGACGAGUGUUCGCUGGGCGGGAAUGUGUGCCACGGUGGGCAAGACUGUGAAAACACCAUCGGCUCUUACAGAUGUGUGAUGCGCUGUGGUCACGGCUUCAGGAGAACUGCCGAUGGCCUCAGCUGCACCGAUGUGGAUGAGUGUCAGGAGUCCCAUCCAUGUGACCAACACUGUUCAAACACCAUAGGAAGCUAUCGUUGUGCCUGUGACCCUGGCUUCCACUUCAGGAACAGACGGUGUUUAGAUAUAAACGAGUGCAAGCAGAGGGUUUGCCGCUCUGAUCAGCAGUGUAAAAACACACGGGGUGGUUACACGUGCAUCGACCUGUGUCCGAACGGGAUGACCAAAGGUGGGAACGGAACGUGUGUCGACAUCGACGAAUGCAGAGAUGGAACCCAUCGGUGCAGAUAUAACCAGAUCUGUGAGAAUACCAGAGGCAGCUACCACUGCACAUGUCCUCGUGGCUUCAGGUCCCAGGGAGUAGGACGGCCUUGUGUCGACAUAAAUGAGUGUGAGCGGCUUCCGCAGCCCUGUGCCCAUCAGUGCAUCAACACUCCCGGCRGCUUCAAGUGCACCUGCCCACCAGGGCGCCACCUGCUGGGGGAUGGCAAGUCCUGCGCUGGGCUCGAGCGUCUGCCCAGCUACGAAACGUACUCGUACGGCUAUCGAACAUCUCAGUCUGCCGCUGAGCGCAGCCCGAACCAGCGGCUGUACCACAGCUUGGCCUCUCACAGCUACCACUCCUACACGGCCACCACAGGAGGGCACCACAGGAGCCGCAGAGGGGCUCGCAAACGCCCCUCAAAGCUGAAAGUACUUGCAUGUCAGGAGGGUUUUGAAGCCAGGGGUGGCCACUGCUUAGAUAUCAAUGAGUGUGAAGUAAGGGACACCUGCCAGCACGAGUGYGUGAACACACCAGGAAGUCACAGGUGUUUCUGUCCGGCUGGUUACCACUUGAUGGCUAAUGGCAAGACGUGUCAAGAUAUAGACGAGUGUCUGGAUCAGAACAUCCAAUGUGGAGUGAACCGAGUGUGCUUCAACACAAGAGGAAGCUACCAGUGCAUCGACACUCCUUGUCCAACAAACUACCAGAGAGAUCCAGCCACAGGGUUCUGCUUGAAGAGCUGCCCACCGAAUGACCUGGAGUGUGCGUUGAGUCCGUACGCGCUGGAGUACAAGCUGCUGUCCGUCCCCUUCGGCAUCGCCGCCAACCAGGACCUCAUCAGGUUAGUGACCUACACCCAGGACGGCGUGAUUCACCCCAGAACCACCUUCCUGUUGGUGGUGGACGAGGACGCCACGUUACCUUUUGCCCUCCGAGACCAGGACAUGAAGGGAGUUCUGUUCACCACGAAGCCGCUGCGAGAGCCCCACACGUACCGCAUCAAGGUACGAGCGGUCUUUUACGGCGAGGACGGCGGCAUCGAGUACCAGACCACCUUCAUCGUUUACAUCGCUGUCUCUGCCUACCCUUACUGAGAGCACUUUAAGAUGACUGGAGAUGAAGGUGCGGCGAUSAUAUGUAGCACCGUGCUGUGGGAGGAACACGGCGCCAACGAGUGGGUGUGGUUUUUGGACAAGCGAGAGAGUGAGAGGCCAGUGCACCGCCCUGAAAACGUACCAAAGAUGCUGCUCGAGGAAACAUGGACAAAACUGAUACUUUAUUGUCUCUAAUCCCGCAUGUUAGACAGUCAGGAUAAUUUAGCAUGUCGUUUCUUUUCCUUUUAAAUUUAUUUAUAAAAAUCAGUCAACUGUAAUUUUUCGCAGCACAAACUUCCAUCAGAGACUUCAGCAAGCAGAUUUCAGCUGCUCCUUUAGUUUUGUUGUGUAUUUUCAUUGGCUUAAUAACUUUGGUUUGAGCUGAUCUACAAGCUUUAAGUUUUUUUUAAGUUCUUUACCUGCAUUGUUUUGCAUUUUAUAGACGAAGAAGAAAACCCAGAAAAGCUAAAAAUCUUAAGCAACAGGUUGGGCUGGAUCAAACUCAGAUUUGUUUGAACUCACUUCCYACAGGACUGAGUCAUCACAGCAUCCUCCCCUUCGCACAUUAGCUGAUUAGUGUUGGUUCUUCUGGAGGCAGGAUUUGAACCUGUGUUCUGCUGGACCAGUAUCUUCUGGUAGUUUCAGGGCAUGGACUUUCCCAAACAUCAAUGAGUUCUCUUUCCWUCCUGAGCUAUUCGGGCGUUUGAGGAUUUUGGCCUUUUAUUUUUCUUAAUAAAUACUAAAGUUUAGUUUGCCAGAAGCUGGUUAGAUAUAAAUAUUUUCACAAUCAUUGGGAAUUGAACCAACAAGCUGUAGAUUAGUAACCGYCUCUUAAUGAUCUUGAGCUGUUUGUUCUGCUCACAUCUUGUUCUCCACUCCUUUUCACUAUUAUUUUUAUUCAUCAGUUUUUAACGUUUAUUGCAGUUGAUGAAAAAUAACUACUCCCAGCUGAAUCGGGAAUCAAACCAUCAACCUUUGUUCUCUCAACCACUGCCUGGUCACUGUGCGAUAAUUGUUCCGAGCUAAAAAAAACUUUUCUGUUAACGUGUCAGUUUCCUCUUUAGGUCCAUGAGUUUCAGACUGAAACUUUUCUGAGGAUUUGAUCCAACAUGUUUCCAACUCAGCUCUGCUGUUUUAAAGCUUUCCAUACUUUUCAUUCAGGGGCGUGUCUAGAGUUUCUUUUUCUUGKGGGGGGUGGACCAGGCAGGGGCACAGACUGUUGAAAGGUGACACAGUAAAACUGCUAUUUUAUCUAAAUUCCCUGCAGUCUUAAGGACUCGACACACGGGCAGCGACAAACUACAGCGAUUAACGACUGUCAUCGCAGCCAGGGUGAAA